AUGGCCAAAGUAGCUCCAUCAGUCCCAUCCCCCAUCUCCAGGAUAACUCCGCCCACCAUCGUUCUACAAGACAUGGAGGAGGAGCCAGGUGAAGUCAGAGAGGGGGACAGAGCCAAUCAAAGAGCCGGACCAGGAGUUCUGUUCAAUGUCAAUAACAGCAACAACAACGAAGAAGAUGAGGAAAAGAAGAAAAAGAAGAAAGAGAAAAAAGAGAAAAAAGAGAAGAAGGAGAAGGAGAAGCAGGAGAAAAAGGAGAGGAAGGAGAAAAAGCAGAAGAAGAAAGAGGAGAAGGAAAAGGAGAAAGAAAAGGAGAAAGAGAAGGAGAAGGAGAAAGAGAAGGAGAAGGAGAUCACAGUGUUUGAUCCGGCCAGUAACAACUACUACCACUGGCUGGCUGUUAUCACCAUCCCUGUAAUGUAUAACUGGACCCUGAUCAUAGCCAGAGCGUGUUUCGAGGAGCUACAGUCAGACUAUUUGCUCAUGUGGUUCCUGUUGGACUUUAUCUCUGACUGUGUCUACAUCGCUGACAUGAUCUUCAGAACGAGGACUGGUUACCUGGAGCAGGGUCUGCUGGUGAAGGACGAGCAGAAGCUGCGUGAACGCUACAUGAAAAGCUUCCAGUUCAAACUGGAUCUGAUCUCCAUGAUUCCCACUGACCUGCUGUACCUGGUCUUUGGCAUCAGAUACCCUGAGAUCCGCCUCAACAAGCUGUUCAGGUUCAACAGGAUGCUGGAGUUCUUCCAGAGGACGGAGACCAGGACUAACUACCCCAAUGUUCUCCGUAUCUCCAACCUCGUUAUGUACAUCGUCAUCAUCAUCCACUGGAAUGCCUGCCUUUACUACUCCUUCUCCAAGGCCAUUGGUUUUGGUGCGGACAGGUUUGUGUAUCCCAACCCAGCAGAUCCAGAGUUUGGUCGUCUGGUGAGGAAGUAUGCCUACAGUAUGUACUGGUCCACGCUGACACUCACCACCAUCGGAGAGACGCCGCCACCUGUGGAGAACUCUGAGUACUUCUUUGUCGUCACUGACUUCCUGGUGGGUGUGCUGAUCUUUGCCACCAUCGUCGGUAACGUUGGUUCCAUGAUCACCAACAUGAACGCUGCCAGAGCCAGCUUCCAGGCUCGCAUCGACGCCAUCAAACAGUACAUGAGCUUCCGAAAGGUGACGAAGGACCUGGAGAAGCGAGUGAUCAAGUGGUUUGACUUCCUGUGGACCAAUAAGAAAGCAGUGGAUGAGAGGGAGGUGUUGAAGUACCUGCCUGACAAACUGAGAGCUGAGAUCGCCAUAAACGUCCACCUGGACACGCUCAAGAAGGUUCGGAUCUUUGCGGACUGCGAGGCUGGUCUGUUGGUGGAGCUGGUGCUGAAGCUGCAGCCUCAGGUCUACAGUCCAGGAGACUACAUCUGUAAGAAGGGCGACAUUGGCAGAGAGAUGUACAUCAUCAAGGAGGGCAAACUGGCUGUUGUUGCUGACGACGGGAUCAAGCAGUUUGUUGUCCUGAGUGAUGGAAGCUACUUUGGCGAGAUCAGCAUCCUGGCUAUUAAAGGCAGUAAGGCAGGAAACAGGAGGACGGCUAACAUCAGGAGCAUCGGUUACUCCGACCUCUUCUGUCUUUCCAAAGACGACCUGAUGGAGGCGCUAACAGAGUAUCCUGAUGCUAAAGCUCUGCUGGAGGAGAAGGGGAGGCAGAUCCUCAUGAAGGACGGACUGCUGGACUUGGAGGUGGCGGCGCAGGGUCCUGACCCCAAAGAGAUCGAGGAGAAGGUGGACAGGAUGACGAGCACGCUGGACAACCUGCAGACACGUUACGCCCGGCUGCUGGCCGAGCACGAAGCCACGCACAGCAAACUCAAACACAGAGUCACCAGGCUGGAGAAGAAGCUGGUGCCGCUGCCACAAGCCGACAAGCCAAGUGAUUCUGCGCCUCCUCCAACACCUGAGACAUAG